UGGAUGUAUUUUUCUUUGAGCGUACUUCCUGAAAACACACACGCCACACCUCCGCCUCGUUUAGGAUAAAUACUGAGCAAACUUUCAUUUCAAAUGAGGAACUGAACGGGAGUGCGCAGCAUUUUUCUCAAAUUGAAAAAGUUGUUUUUAUUUCCCCACAGUAAUGAAAGUACUUCUAGUCGCUGCAGUGGUCGCCCUGAUCCAUGGCAGUGCUGCCACUUUGCUCAUUAAAGGGCCAAGCCAGCCGGUUCUGGAGGGAGAGCGCGUCACACUGGAGUGUCUGUACUCUGACUCUGAACUCAACAUCAGCCAGGUCCACUUUGAGGUCUUCUCCAAGUACAUGCAGCACUGGCGCACGCUUUGGGAGGGAUCUUGGUGCUUCUCGAUGCAUACGGAACGCACUGCGGACAGCCUUGUCCUGUUCAUCCCCCACGCAGCGUUGUUCAGCGAGGGGCCCUACCGCUGUGUGUCCGACGGCGAAAACGUGACCGCCGCGGACAUGACCUCCCCUCUGCUGGAAUUCAAAGUGCAUUAUAUGAGGGAGCUGUCACUGACGAGGGAAGGCUACACCAGCAGCUACCUGGGCGUCCCGCAGGAGCUGAAGGUGCGACUCGGGGACGACGUGGCGCUGGUGUGCAGCGCCAGCUCGUCAGAGGAGCCAAACUACUUCUGGAGUCGAGACGGGGACGACUGGAUCCUGCCUUCCUCUACGCUGACGCUGAGGAAGAUCAGUGCGAUGGAUGAAGGACAGUACACAUGCAUAGCCGAGCAUCCCUCUGUGGAGGCACUCAGAAUGAAUCGCACCAUCAGCAUCACUGUGCUAUCAAAGGAUGCCCGCUGGUACGAGUCUAGCAAUGCCCGUUUCGUGCUGAUGACCUCGGCGGUGGCCUUCUCACUCUUGAUGUUGGCGUUCGUCGUCUCCGCGAGCCUAUUCCUGUUCUGCAGGGCCAAGCGCGCCGCGGCCUUCAAGGGACCCAUUGAUGACUACUAUCAAAAGAAGCCCAUCUACAAAGCCAGUGUGGAGUCCCUGCCUUCCACCUGUGGAGACAAACAACCUCUGGUUUGACUGCACAUGCAGGUGGAGGGAGGAGGAGGAGGAGGAAGAAGAUGGAGCAAGAGGCAAGCAAGAUGGAGUGGGUGACCAGAAAAUGAGGGAUGGCAGAGCGGGGAUACUUAUAGAGGGAGGAGGUUGCAGGUAUCACGGGCGUCACAGGGAGGAAAGGAGGCAAGGAGGGACAUUUGGAGACUAGGGAAGGGAGAGCGAAGAUGGGUGUGAAAAAAUACAACAACGAAAAACUUAAGAGAAAAUGAUGCUUUAGAGCCACAGAGGCUGCUUUGCUUGUGUUUGUCGGCUGAAGUUAUGCAUCUCGGACACAAAGGUGGGCAAUUUAUUCUGCACUGAGGGAAAUGGUGAGCUGCAUUCUUCGCAGAAUGAUGGGGGAUUCGUCUUGUGAAGAGCUGUAAAGAGUCAAUAUGCAAUUCUCUCUUUUCUGUUGCAAACAUAAUUGCUCAGCUGUGUAUUAUGAAUGAGCCAUUCGGUUGAUGGAACAGGGUUUUAUUUUGUUGAUUUGUUUCCCUUUCAACCUCUUUUUCCAAAGCAAGAAACGGAUUAUGUGCGACGGUUAUAAUCAUCUUUUUACUGUGACAGCUCUCAGGCACAUUGCGCUCUCCUAUUUUAUUGACUGUACACUGGAUUUCUUUCAUAUUAAAAAAAUAUUAUUCGCUGC